AUGACCUUUUGGAAGAUGAUUGUGUCGUAUUAUAAUGCAAGUCCCAAGGUGGUUGGUUUGGCAAAGAGAGAGAAAAGCCACUGCAAGCAAAGGUGGGGAAAGAUAAAUGAAGGUGUCUGCAAGUUUGUGGGGUCAUAUGACGCUGCAACAAAACAGAGGACCAGUGGCCAGAGUGAAGAUGAUGUUUUGAAGGCUGCACACGAAAUAUUCCUCAACAAUUACAAGGUGAAGUUCUCAUUGGAGCAUGCAUGGAGGGAGCUUAGGAAUGAUCAGAAAUGGUGUGGGACUUAUGGAAGUAGUCAACAGAGCUCUGAUUCAAAGAGAAAGAAGGUGGGAGAAGAACAAUCUUUUCAGUCAUCAGCAUCUAUGCCCAGUUUCAAUGGAGAGGAUGAAGCAACGGCUAAGCCUAUUGGUGUGAAGGCAUCCAAGGCGAAGGCUAAAAGGUCAGUGGGAGAAGAAGGCAAGAAUCUGCAAGAUUUUCAGCAAAUAUGA